AUGAGCAAGAAGCACGAUGAUCUUCCUGACCAGGGCGGCUCGCUCGACUACCGCGGCAAUUACGUGCCCUUCUACCCCAACCCCGAGGAGAAUCUCAACCUCUGGGAGCGCGUGAUGCGGUACCCGUGGGUGGCCCUCGGCGCCUUCUCGACGGCGGGCAUCCUCGGUGCCGGCCUGUGGACCCUCAAGACGGGCAACAGCGCCCUCGGCCAGAAGCUCAUGCGGGCGCGCGUAGCGGCACAAUUCACGACCGUAGUGCUCCUCCUGGGCGCGUCGGGCGUGAUCACCCUCAACAGCCUCAACAGCGACAAGCCCAAGCCCAAGGCUGUCGCCGCGCCUAUCUCCUCCUCUUCAUCUUCGACAUCCGAGACGCACUAA